AUGAAUCUUACUGCAAUUACUGGUUACUUGUCUAGUAUUGAGGCUUUAAGUGGAACAAAUUUUAAGAAAUGGAAGGAACAUAUUGGAAUUGUUCUCUGUUGUAUGGAUUUAGACUAUGCAUUACGGGAGCCUGCACCUAUAAAGCCUACUGUUGAAAGUACUAUCGAACAAAAGGCUUUAUAUGAAAAAUGGGAGCGCUCUAAUCGCAUGAGUCUAAUGAUUAUGAAAAGUUCAAUUAUGCCUGCAAUUAGAGGAGCCAUUUAUGACUCCGAUAAUGCAAUGAGCUAUAUGAAAUCAGUUGAAGAACAAUUUUUGGGUACUUCUAAAUCAGUUGCUAGUACUCUAAUGAUGAAAAUGAUGAUAAUGAAAUAUGAUGGUCAAAGUAGUGUUUGUGAGCAUAUUAUGAAGAUGAAUGAUAUGGCCUCUCAAUUGAAAGGAAUGGACAUGGAAAUCUCUGAAGGAUUUCUCAUUCACUUCAUGAUGAUUUCUCUUCCUGCCCAAUUUGGUCCAUUUAAAAUUAAUUAUAAUACACAGAAAAAGAAGUGGAAGAUGAGCGAGUUGAUUGCCAUGUGUGUUCAAGAAGAAGAGAGGCUUAAAGCAGAAAAACCCGAUAUGGCUCACCUCACCAUUGGGGGGUCUAAGUAG